AUGGCCGCACUUCUCUUUCCCCGUCUCCUCGCGCGCGCCAUCACAAGCGCCAUGAACACUGCUAUUACUACUUGGCGCAAACGCCUCUCGCGGUUGACUUAUCUCCCUGUACUUGUGCCCUGUUCUACUUCUUAUUCCAAACUGCGUGCUGGCGAUGGCACUAUCGACGGACAAACGUCUACAGAGGAAGAGCAAGUACCUGCAUAUGGCAGUCAUGGUGCAUUUCCCAUUCAACACACUGCCGAUGAUGGCAUGACUAUAGGUCAAAACUACUCAGUAGCUCAGCAGCUACCAUAUGAGAUACUGGUUCAGAUCUUCUUGGACGUCGGAGAGGACCUCAGGAAGGAGCGGGGAGGGCCUUUCUUUGGCGACCAGUGUUAUGCCCAUCCGGCCUUCCGCAUGGUCUCUUUGAGCCACGUUUGCUAUCGUUGGCGUAGCGUUGCCCUGGACCAGAGCGAAUUCUGGGCUCGCAACGUCACUUCGUUCAGCCGUGCACCGCGCGAAGAGCUCGUCCGGCGAGCGCGGGGCCUCCCCAUCGAUGCUCUUCUACAUGUCUCGCGCAAUCAGCGCCCAUUUGAAGACCCGGACUUCGGCUUCAUUCACGCCCACAUUCGCGCCUUCAGGUCUCUUUCGCUGUGGCUACCCGAGUUCGCUUUGCCGGCAUUCGGACUGGUGCUUCCCGCUCUCGACACACAGCCCCUCAAUGUGCUGGAGUCUCUUGAAGUCACAUUGUAUGACGCUCACCCAGGCGUCCGCAUGCAGGAGUUUCGCGCCCUUCCACCAUUAUGCACUCCCUCGCUGCACACAGCCAUAUUCAGAGACUGCUUCUUGUUCCUCGAGGCUCCCAACCUGGUCACGCACCUCGAGAUCAUCUUCCGGCGCUGCUAUCGUGCCAACACUGAGGGCGCUUUGCUCACACCUGCCGAACUCUCAGCAGUCCUCACAUCAUGUACAAGCCUGCGCCACCUUCGCCUUGGGGACGAGCUGCCUUUGUUCAAAGCCGGAGCAGCGCCUAUAGCCCUCCCUCACCUCGAAAGACUUGCUAUAGAAGGCUCCUCCGGUCGGUGCGCACGCCUUCUGGAGGUCCUCGACUUCCCCAAGGCCGCGAGUGUACGAGUACGUGGGCAUAACGUGCCCUCGCCCAGCACCCUAGAGGACCCUCUGCCACGGACCAACAUCUUGCGGGCGGUGGAAGUCCUUCAUACGCGCGAAUGUACCGCAACCACCACUCUACGUGUCUUCCCGGGCAUGAGUUUUGAACUCAUGCGCGAGCGAUCACGGGUCCGUGGUGAGGGCGUGCACAUCGCAUUUGAGCAUUUCGAGCGUGGUCCUCCGAUCAUCGAGGUCUUGCAGAUGUUCGCACUCGCGCAGGUUCCGGUGCGCAGCCUGCAGGCCGACAAUGACACAGCUCUCGACGGGCUUUGCAUGCUUCUGAAGCCGACUGACGAUGUUGCUGACGGCGCAGAGGAAAUAUCAUUCCCUGAUCUCGAAACAAUACAGUUGUCCGGCACAAGCACUCGCUUUGUGCUAGAGUGUGCCGCGGGUCUGCUUGCUGUUCAAGAACGGCGAUGUCAACUCGAGCGACCUCUGCAUGCGCUCAUUUUGUCGUAUCCUUGUCCCGAAUGGGCCCUUAUAGAGGAGACUCCGGCAAUCCAAAGCCUCCAGCGCCUGCUCUUCAUACAAUAUACCGAUGCUACGGCUUACGCUGCUUCUCUUCCGUCAUAA